GUAGGGAGAACGAGAUUAACGUACUCGUAUAACGUUGGAAGAUUACUCAGUCAUAUAGGUAUAAGGAAAUAUAUCAACUGUUCAGUAUAAAGAAAUGUCAGGAAGAAUGAAGCAAAGAAGAGCUCUCAAUCCAGUUGAUUUAGCUACUUUGUCUGUUAAUGAGCGAAUUCUGAGAGAAUGCCACAAUCUAUAUGUUGAUCCAGAAAAUGGUUUAGUGAAGGUGGCCAGCAAUGUGGGUCUUAACCUCUUGGCUCCACGUAAAAAAAUUAUUGUCAUGUUGAUUGGAAAUCACUCAGCAGGGAAAAGUACCUUCAUCAACUGGUAUAUUGAAGAACAUGUUCAAAAAACUGGUGUUGCCAUUGAAACUCAAGGAUUUACCAUUGUAACGAGUGGAAGAAAAAGAGAAUCUUUAACAGGAAAUGCCACAUUACACUUGUUUCCAUAUCUGAAGCCGCUUCAGGUGAUAUCUGAAGUUGUUGAUUAUCUGGGAACAGAAGUAUCGACAUCCAAGCAAAAAAAGUUCAGUCUAGUCACAUUCAUUGAUACUCCAGGCCUGGUUGAUGGAGAAAUGGUUUAUCCUUUUGAUGUGGACAAAGCUAUUCUUUGGCUAGGGGACAUAGCUGACCUUACCUUUGUGUUCUUUGACCCAAUUGGCCAAGCUUUAUGCAAGCGUACCAUUGAUCUUGUAGAAAAAUUGAACACCAGACAUGGGGAUCGACUGAGAUUCUACUUGAGCAAGGCAGAUGAAGCAGGAGAUGAAAGCGAUCGACAGAAAGUAAUGAUGCAGAUUGUACAAGAGCUGUGCAAAAGACCUGGCCUGAAUAAAUGUGGGUUUGACAUGCCCACAAUAUACAUCCCACUUUCUAAUAAGUAUGUUCGCUGCAUUAAUCAGAUAGAUGAAGUCUGUAAAGACAUAGAGAAAACCAUCAAUCAAACUAUUCAGAAUAUGCUGAAUACUCUAGAGAAAGACUGUGAACAUGUGGCAGAACUUAUUAAUGCUCGUAUUGAAGAAGAUAAUGAAGCAAAGACUUACAAUUUUCAUGCAAGAAGCAGGGUCAUUCUCUUAGGACUUGCUGGAUUAUUUCUUCCAUUUCUACUUUUUUUGAAUUUUAUGGUCAGCAGCUUUUCUAAAGAAUUUUUUCACUCUUUUCUUGGACAAAAUGGUACAGAAAGUUUAUAUACUUGCUUGUCACCAGUAAGAGGUUUCUGGCAGGUUAUCCCAAAUGACUACCACUUUACAGCUCUUGGAAUUAUCCUUGUAGUAUCCAUAAUGUUUUUACUCUUAGCCAGAUGGUUUACCAGGUUAAAACCAACAAUGAACCGAAAAGAGAGGAGAAACUUACUGGAGAAAAGAGAUUAUGUUCAAAAUACCGUUAAAGUUAAAAAAGUAACAUCAUCUUUAUCAGGAGUAUUUGGAGCAAAGUAUAACAGAACAAGACCUCUAAGAUAACUAUUUUUAAAGCACAGAUAAUAUUUUCUAAGCCCAUAAACAAAAAAUAUAACACAUUGAACAGCUUUCUCCAGGAAUUUUAAAGACCAUUAUGAGUUACUGAUAUUUCAUCUCACUUAUUAAAAUUUAUCCAAAGUUGUUUAAGCUGUCAUGUAAAACUCUAAAACAGAUUUAAUAUAUUCUGAUUUUAAUGAUCCUACACUAUUAAACUGAAAUAUUUAGAUACUUUGGUUUUUUUUUCAAGUACUAGAGUAAAUAACUUGUAAAUGUUUUUAGUGAAUGUUUAUGUAUUUUGAUAUCUUUCGGGUUUAAAACAAUGACUUAGAAAUGUUUAGUAGAUAAAAGAUUUAUGGACUGUUAGUUAACUUUAAUAGCAUUUUCUUUUCUGAUACUUAAUUUUCUUUUACAAAUUUUGACUCUUAAUAUUUUACAUAGCUUAACUUGAUACUUUUGUACUAAAAAUAGAUAAAUAGAAGAAG